AUGGGUCAUCAUGUCUUUUUACCGACGAGUCAUGCGUGGAGGUCAAAUAAAAGGUCCUUUAAUGGAAGGAAAGAACUUAGGUCUGCACCUUCUUUGUUAAAAGGAACAGAAAUUAUCGAAACCUUAAAAGAUUUUGAGAAUGAAUUUGGUAAAAAAAAGAAGAAGAAAAGAGAUGGUCCAUGGAAGAAGAAGUCAAUAUUUUUUGAGUUACCUUAUUGGGAUGAGAAUACAUUACGUCAUAAUCUUGAUGUGAUGCACAUUGAAAAAAAUAUAUUUGAUAAUAUUAUUGGGACUCUUUUAGACAUACCAGGGAAGACAAAAGAUCAUGUUAAUGCUCGUUAUGAUUUGAAAGAUAUGGGAAUUAGAAAGAAGCUUCAUCCAAAAGAGAUUAGUGGAGGUCGUGCAGUGAUUGCAAAAUCUUGUUUUUCAAUGAGUGAACAUGAAAAGACUAUUUUUUGCAGUGUUUUGAAGGCUUCCAAAUUUCCAGAUGGGACUGCAUCAAACAUUUCAAAGUGUGUGCAUAUUAGUAAUAAGAAAGUAUUUGGCUACAAGAGUCAUGACACACAUUUCAUGUUACAUUACUUAUUACAAGUAGCAGUAAGAGGAACCUUCCCAAAUGUAGUGGCUGAACCUCUAAUUCACUUAGGGUCAUUUUUUCGCGCUUUGUGUAGAAAAGUUAUCCAAGAGAAAGAUUUGAAUUUCUUAGAAGUUGAGAUCGCAGAUAUUCUCUAUCAAAUGGAGAUGAUUUUUCCUCCAAGUUUUUUUGAUAUAAUGGUUCAUCUUCCUAUUCAUUUGGCAAAUGAAGUUAGAUUGGGCGGUUCGAUUCAAUUUCGAUGGAUGUAUCCCACUGAAAGAAACUUAUGUGGGAAGAAAAAUGGUAAACCAUUUUUUCUAGAUUCAGCUACAAAAGCCCAAGCCCAUCGAUACGUUUUGUUCAAUUGUGAUGAAGUUAACACAUUCAUCAGGGAGCAUGAUGAUAUUGUCAGUAGUCAAACUAAAGGACGUAGGUGGGUCAAGGCCAAAACCCAAAGUCACGAUUUUAGUGAAUGGUUUAAAACUCGAGCCUUGAAAGAUGAUGUAUCAAUUCAGCUACAAGAUUUCUCUAGAGGUCCAUGUGAUACAGCAAAGAGGUUUUUAAGUUACCUCAUUAAUGGAUAUAGAUUCCAUACAAUGAAACGAGAUGCAAGACGCAAAACUCAAAAUUCAGAUGUAACUUUGGUUUCAUUGACUCCAAGUUUUGCAAGCUCUAAGAAUGAAAAUCCUAAGAUAGAAGCUGUCACUUAUUAUGGAGCAAUUGGAGAUAUAAUUGAGUUAGACUAUUACUCUCAAUUCAGCUUUGUGUUGUUUAAAUGUGAUUGUUUCGAGGUAAAAGAAGACAAAUAUGGGCUUACUUGUGUAUAUUUCAACAAAAAAAGUUACCAAAAUGAUUCUUUUGUUCUGCCAUCUCAAGUGCAUCAAAGUUUCUAUGUCCAAGAUCCACUUGAUGCAAGCAGACAAUAUGUCAUGAAAACAGAUCCUAGAGAUUUAUAUAGUAUGGGUGACCUAUCAGAUUCAAUGGUCCAAGAAUCUUAUCAAAGUGAUCAUUUUGAUGGUGAACUUAAUUGGGUUAGGGAAGAUAUACCUGGAAUAAUUGUUGAUAAGCCUCCACCUUUUAUGCAAGAGACAAUAUAUGAAGAUGAUUCUGAUUUUGACAAUACUGUGUUAGACCAGUAA